AUGCGGAUCAGCGCCGAUGUUCUGGUGUCCAAUCGGGCUCUGUGCACGCACAACAUUAAAGGCAAAGUCAAACCUGUCCGCAGCUCUAUUUCAAUCGGGAAAAAAUCCGUGACUGGUUCAGCCAAAGAGUCUGAGAUCUUCAUCCUGGUGUGCACGGCUCAAAAUCGAGGCGGGACCAAAUACGAAGUGAGAAAGAACGUGCAAGGUGUGUUCACGAAAUUUGCUCACGAAGGCAAGGCCACCAUUCGUCUGAUUGAGCCUCAGUUGGAUAUUUGCAUCCAAAAGGCCGAUGUCGUUCCUCUCAAGGCCUUUCUGAACGUUCUGGGCAAGGUGAUGGCGGGUCGAGAUGUUUCUCAGCUGAGUCUGUCCGCCAUGAAUCCGGCUAGUGCGGCCCAGGUGACCAAACCCGUGACAGUGUUGAAUAUCAAGGACAAAAGAGACUACCCAAUGACUUCCAACUUCCCGUCCUCGCUCGAGAUCCUCAAAGCGCCUGAUUUGAACCUCAACAAGAUUGAUUCGCGGAUAUUCAAACUCAAGCAUUUGACCACCCUAGAUUUGGCGUCUAACUCAAUCAAGGAGAUCCCGCCUCAAAUCCGUGAUCUCAAACUCCGAUCCAUUAUCUUGUCCGAAAACCGACUCACGGAGCUUCCCGUGGCAAUGUUCACGUUUGGAUCGAAUUUGGUCGGUUCCUUAGUUAAUUUAUCCUUGGCCAAAAACGGCAUCAAGCGCUUGCCGGAACAGAUCUGUUAUUGCUCUCAGUUGCAUUCGUUGAACAUGAACGACAACCAAUUGACCCGAUUACCGAUCCGGUUGGGAACCGUUCAGUCUCUUCAAGUGCUGAAAGCGGCCAACAACCAACUCAAAUACCUCCCUGGAACCAUGCUCUAUAAACAAUUGGACUCUCUGGACAUCGCUGGGAACAGUUUUGAGACCUUCAAUCGACUCCCACAGAUCUUGGUGCUCCGGAAACGAGGAGAUUCGCUCAUCGACCAUUGCCUCCGAACGAUCGAUCGGUCCGAAAUUGACAUCGAAAACGAAAUCCUUCCCAAAACACUCAUUGACACUUGGCGAAGUCGGGUCAAGUGUGCGUGCGGAAAAUGGUGUUUCAUUCGACGAUUGGCCGUCCACGUGUGUUUGCGUGUGUCCAAAAUCGCUCAAACCAUCUCCGUACCCAAUGAUGUGAUCUCAUUUGAACUAAUCUUGUGCUCGCAAGACUGCAUUACCAAGUUCACCUCCAACUUAUUCUCACUCUAACGUGGUGCUCUUUGGGGGGGUUGAUAUUAUUAUAGUCCAUGAAUGUAACUCAAAGACGAUGAUAAAACGAUUCAUCAACAAACAAACCUGAACUUUGUGACCUCUUGAAACGAAUACGCUUGUCCAUUUACUCCCUUUAUUUUUUUUUUGCAGA